GUUCAGCUGUUGUGGGAUGUAACCAGCGACGGUGUGCCACUUGUAAGCUUUUGCUGCACAUUGCACUACUCGUGUGAUUUGUGUCCCGCUGCUGGCAUUGCAACAUGUUACACUGUCCGGCAUGUCAUCUACUAAUGAACACAGAUUGAUGAACCAACAUGGGACAUCUAAUUGUCUUGGACAUCAAGUAAAAGGAUGUUGAUAACUAGCCAACAGCAGUUGAUUUUGUGGUGUGAUUCCUGCUUAAAAACCGUUUGGGAUGUUAUUUUACAACAUUACUUACCAGAUAAGUGACACAUUACAGUAUGCCUGGGAACUUGUUGAUACCCUGGAUAUUAACUAUUGGAAAUGGGUUUUGUGGGUGGUAUACCCCAUAAUUAUAUCCUUCCUGCUUCCUCUAUUCAUUCUCUUGUUUCUUUAUGGAUCAGCACUGUUUCUCAAUGUAUACAACUAUAGACAUCGCCUCCGGGAAGCUUAUGGCAGAGAUUUCUGGGACGGAGCCAGAAAAACUUUGGCAGCUUUAUGGGAUGGACAAGCAAGGAUAUGGCAUGGGUAUGAGAUUGUUGGAUUUGACAACAUUCCUCGAGAGGGGCCAGCUUUGCUUAUCUACUAUCAUGGAACCAUUCCUAUAGACUUCUAUUAUGUCAUAGCUAAAACAUUGCUGGACAAGAAUAGACAUAUCAGGGCUGUGGGAGACCGGUUUUUAUUCCACAUUCCUGGCUGGCGUCUCAUGAUGGAAGUGAUGAGGGUCACACCAGGCACUGUGCAGAGCUGUGUUAAUGUACUGAGGGAGGGACACCUGUUAGGGAUAUCUCCAGGAGGUGUGCGAGAAGCCCUGUUUGGUGAUGAACAUUACCAGUUAAUGUGGGGAAGACGUGACGGAUUUGCUAAAGUUGCCCUGCAGGCCAAUGUGCCUGUGAUUCCAUUAUUUACACAGAAUGUGAGGGAAGCAUUUCGGACACCAAUGUUAGGGAAAAAUUUGUUACUCAAGUUGUAUGAAAAAACGAGAUUACCUAUUUCACUUAUAUAUGGAUUUUUUCCUGUAAAAAUGAGAACCUUUGUUGGAGACCCUAUAUAUCCAGACCAAGGUCAAAGUGUGGACCAAUUCAAACGAAGGGUGGAGAAUGCCAUUUAUUUGAUGAUACGCCAGAAUCAGAGACUGCCUGGCAAUAUCUUCAUGGCUUUAUUAGAUAGGUUUAUACCUCACAAACCUCGUACCUGGCAGAGCUGACAAACCCUGUUUUGAUAGAGCUGAUACUCGGCACCUUUUGGUUACACUAUUUAUUGUGGAUUGUACAUAUAUGGCCAAAAUAUUUUCAUAUUUCUUGACAAAUAAUGCGGCAGUAUUAGAUUUAAAAUAUUGGUGUAUCCAAAUCUAAAUUGUGCCAACAAAAUGUUGAAAAAUAUUGCAUGACCAAUCUAUGGUUUACUGUGGUAUAUACUGUAAGGGGAAAGAGACACAUAAAAAACAAUUAUUACAACUAUGUUAUUAGCUUAUCUGACCAAAGAGAAUUUACGCCAUAGGGCAGUGUCCUGUCGUCCUUCUGUCUGUCCAGCAUCAACUUUUCAAUUUAAAUAACUUCUUCUCAGUAACCAAGUAGCCCAGAGACCUGAUAUUUGUCAUUUUGCUGGAGUGAAAAACUACCUAUUUUGUCCAAAUUAAUGACCUUCACCUGCAUUCAAGGUCACAAGGGUCAAAUAUGCUAAAAUCUUCCAAUAACUUGGGUGUAAUUUAAACUGAGUAAUAAUUGAUAACUAAAGAAGUCAGGCUUCACUUUAUAUACAAGACUUAUUUACAACUUGUACAAUGACUUUUCUGACAAACACACGUCACAUAGCCCACAAUGCAUUCACAGAUAUGACCAAGAUCAACUUCAAAGUUGCAUUAUAAGCAGGUGAGCGAUACAGGUAAAUUGGGUCUCUUGUAUUUUGUCUAAUAAGAUGAAUUCAUUUACAUUUACAUUACUGUAAGUUGCUGUAAAACAUUGCACAAUUGAGAUGUUUACCUCUCAAUCUCCUGAUGUUUGUUUAUGUUUCAACUGGGGUAUAUCUCUGCAGUCAAGUCAUUGUGAAAUGUUUGCCCUGAUAAAACUGGCAUAAGCAUGGCGUAUAUGCUUGAAUGCUUUCGGAUUUGAACAAUUAUGUCAAUGAGUUUGCCUUAAACCUUCAAUCAAAUGCAUUAAAAGCGAUGGAGAAGAGAUUAGAUGUGAUGAAAACAUUAGUGAUUUUAUCUGACCAGGUCAAUGGCUCACGGAUUGGAAAAUUUCAAUUCUAAAGUGUGUGGUGAAAUGUUUAAGUUUACAAACUUCUUAUUGCAUCAUCAGGUGGAUAUCAAAUGUUAAUCUGUAUAAAAUCUCAAUGAUAGCACAUUUUGGCGGUGGAAAAUCUUCCCCUUCAGUAUAUAUAUAUACUAUGUACUAGGUAUUUAGGUAAAUAUUGGUCAUCGAGAUAUUAUAAUAGUACUGAAUAUUAAUAUACUGGAUGUUAACGUUUUAAUGUAGACACAUUAACUUAUUUAGUCUAGAUCAUUUUAUUUGCUCAGGGCUAUUUUUAUCAGAUAUGGUUAUGGUCUGAUUUAUAGAGCUACUGUUUGACUUACUGGCAAAAUCCUCAUUAACAAAAACAUACAUGUUGAUAGAAAUGACAUUUUUCCAUAUUAAAUCCGUAAGUAAAGUUUUUUACAUUCCGUUAAAGAUUUAUUUUUAUGUUCUUUACAGAAUUUAGAUAUCAAACAUUUACUGGUAUGUGUUCUUUAUCACUGUGCAUUAUUAAUCAAUUACUUUAUUUCGAAAAUUUGAUUGUUAUGACUAAUUAUGACUUUGUCCCGUGUUUGUCGCACUUAAUGAGGGGUAUUGUAGGGAUUGUUGAUAUAUUGGUGCUCAACUGGUAAAUCUUUGUGUAUGUCUGAUAGAUUUAAUUUCUGUAUAAUACUGUUUUUGUUUGAUAUGCCAGAUUGUGAUUUUAAACAUAAUUAAUUAAUUAGAGUCUUUAUUCUAUUUUAUGGGGCAAGUCUUAUCGUUUAUAUAAAUCAUGUACAGUGUAUAUUUGUUGGUACAGUAAUUGGUUAUUGAAUUGUUUUACUAGCGAAUUGUUUAUUAUUAGAGUGAUGUAGAAAAUCCAGAACAACCACGAUCAAAAUAUUGUUGAUGUACUAAGUUUUAAUUUCUUUUAUAAGAUGGAAAAGAGGUUGAAAAUGGGUAGAAUGAUAGCAAGUCAGAAGUUUAAAUACAUCUUUAUAUUAUAAUGUAAUAAAUCACAAUGGAGUUCCAAGGUGAUAGCAUUUGCUAUUAUUUCACAGUUUAAUGAUGAUGGGAAUAUACUAUUGUGUAAAUAUUAACAAGGCUGUUACAAUCUACACAUGUAGCUAACAUCAGACAAUUCCUGGUAAGCCUCGGAAUGUUAUUUAUCAGUAAUACAUUCUUUUUGUUUUGU